GCCCAGAAUGAAUGCAAAGAUCUCUGGUCCAAUGAACAUGAGUACAGGGAUAGCAAAAGAGAUGAUGGGUCCUCAACCCGAUCCUUCGUGCCCACUCCCCUUUUUCAGCCCCGCCCUGCAGGACUCCCUCCACCUACGAGCAUGUGACUACUCCGAUCCACAGCAGAAGCCUUACGUAGGCCACCGGACAAAGGUUCGUAAUGAAGAAGGCGAAAUCUGACACCGGAAGCGCCCA